CCUGUUUAGUCGGUAUCAACAUCAUUAAUUAUUUAACAUUUAUACUCAUUCUAGCUCACAAUAUAGUGUAAAUAGUAUAAAUUGUGUAAAUAUACCAAUAACAAUGGUGAUCCGAUUAAUAAGUUACAGUUUUCCCUGUUUAACAAAACACAACGCCAUAAUAGGACAAACAAAACUUUUCUCAAAUAAAAAAUUGUAUUAUAACAAUUUAUUAUCAAAAUGUCAACCUAUUGUUGGAGCAAGAUUCAAUAGUGGUAACAGUAUAGAGCGGGCUCAAGCAAAAAAAAAUAUUCCUCAAGCAAAGUCUGUUAUUACACCUGUAAAAAAUCCAUUAAUUGUUGAUGGAGUUACCGGUAACAAACCUGGUCAACAAAAACGUAAUUGUUUUCACCCCGGAGUAUCUAACCUAGGUGAAGAAACUUUGACAUCAAAAGAUAGUUCACCGGUAACAAGUUCUGAUAUGAUAAAAGGAAUGCUUAGUUAUAUUUGGCCAAAAGAUGAUCCAGAAAUACGUAAAAGAGUUAAAUUGGCUGUUGGUUUGUUAGCCGGUUCAAAGAUAGUUAGUGUUUCAGUCCCAUUUUUCUUUAAACAUGCCAUUGAUAAGAUCAAUGCUGAAUCAGUAGCUGCUGGAGGUGAUGCCCUUCUUAAUUUAAGUACGGCUCCAGAUACAAUAUCUACUGUUGUAACUUCACUUCUUCUAGGGUACGGAAUAGCUCGUUGCAGUGCUGCUGGAUUUAACGAAUUGAGGAAUGCUGUGUUUUCAAAAGUUGCACAAAAUUCAAUUCGUAAAAUAGCUAAAAAUGUUUUCUUCCAUCUUCACAAUCUUGAUAUGUCUUUUCAUUUGACGAGACAAACAGGAGCAUUAUCCAAGACAAUUGACCGAGGAAGUCGUGGAAUUAAUUUUGUUUUAUCAGCAAUGGUUUUUAAUGUUGUACCAACUAUAUUUGAAUUAGCUCUAGUCAGUACCAUAUUAGGAAUUAACUGUGGAAUUGAGUAUUCAGCUAUUUCUUUAGGAUGCGUUGGUAUUUAUGCUGCCUUUACUCUUGGGGUUACGCAAUGGAGGACCAAGUUUCGCGUUUACAUGAAUAAAGCAGAAAAUGAAGCUGGUAAUAAAGCUAUUGAUUCACUUAUUAAUUAUGAAACCGUUAAGUAUUUUAAUAAUGAAAAAUUUGAAGUUGAAAGAUAUGAUUCAUCACUUAAAAAAUACGAAGAAGCAUCAUUAAAAACAAGCACCAGUUUAGCAUUACUUAAUUUUGGACAAAAUUUUAUUUUUAGCGGAGCUCUAACAUUGAUUAUGUUAAUGGCUGCAAAAAAUAUAGCUAAUGGAACGAUGACUGUUGGUGAUUUAGUCAUGGUCAAUGGAUUACUAUUUCAAUUGUCAGUUCCUUUGGGAUUUUUAGGCUCUGUUUAUCGAGAAGUUAGACAAGCAUUGAUUGACAUGCAAACAAUGUUUUCAUUAAUGGCACGACCGCCGGCUAUCCAAAAUCUACCUAAUGCAAAACCCUUCGUUGUUUCACCUGCAACAUCAACCAUUGUUUUUGAUAAUGUUAAUUUCCAAUACGUUCCAGGAAAAUCAAUAUUAGAUAAUAUUUCUUUCACAAUACCAAGUGGAAAAAAAAUUGCCAUCGUAGGUGGAUCUGGAUCAGGUAAAACAUCGAUAGUGAGAUUAUUAUACAGAUUUUUUGAACCACAAAAGGGUAACAUUUUGAUAAACGAUCAAAAUAUUUGCGGUGUAAAUUUACAGGAAUUGAGACAAGCUAUUUCUAUUGUACCUCAAGAUUCAGUAUUAUUUCAUGAUACUAUUUAUUACAAUUUGAGUUAUGGAAAUUUAAAUAAAAGUAAAGAUGAAGUUUAUGAAGCAGCAGCAAUGGCUAAUUUACAUGACAUCAUCCUCCAAUGGCCUAAAGGAUAUGAGACUCCGGUUGGUGAAAGAGGGUUGAAAUUGAGCGGUGGUGAAAAACAAAGAGUAGCAAUUGCUCGAGCUAUUUUAAAAAAUAGUCCGAUAUUGAUAUUUGACGAGGCUACAUCAGCUUUAGAUUCAAUUACGGAAAUGCAUAUUUUGGAUGCAUUAAGACGUGCAACUAUGGGACGAACAUCGAUUGUUAUUGCUCACCGGUUGUCGACAGUUAUGGAUGCAGAUGAAAUUUUAGUUUUAGAAAAUGGAAAAGUUGCUGAUAGAGGAACACACCAAGAAUUGUUACAGAAAUCCCAAUCUGUAUAUAAGCAAUUCUGGAAUGUUCAGCAUUUGGGUGUCAUUGAUUCUUCCGAAAAAAGUAAUACUGAAAUAAACAGUUAAAGAAGUGUAAUCAAUUAUAAAACAUUUCUCAUUUUAGCAUUUAACAAUAAUAAUAAAUAAAUAAAAUAAAUGUAUAUUCAUUGUAAUAAGUUAUAAAAUAGUUGACAAUUAUGG